GGCAGCCCACUCAAGCAGACACUGUACAAUUAUGAGAUGAUCUCAGGAAGUAAAUAGAAAAAGUUUUUGACUAGAUGCUAUAAGAGUUUAGAGAAUAAGACUGUGCACAUGGGAAAAUCACUGUCAGAGGCAUCCACAUCCAAGCCGUACCAGGGAGUGAGAGUCAAAGACCCUGUGAAGGAGCUGCUGCGGAGAAAAAGAGGAAAUGCUGCCAGAACAACACCCCCCACCGCAGUAAUGGUUCCCAGCAGCACUCUGCCAUCGUACACACAUGCUGGGUCUUCCAGCUUUGUAGAAGCCAACCAGUGCAGCCUAAAUGAUUCAUUAGUAGAUGUCAGUGGGCUCUGCACAGGAUGGAUUGCCCAGACCACUGGCACAACUGCCCUUCAGCCUCUGAGUCACUGGAGUACUCCAGACCAACACCACGACCCUGCCGUACCACCCCAUACAGAUAUGUAUGUCCAGCCGAUCUGUCCCAGCUACACUGUGGUGGGCCCUUCUCCUAUGCUGACGUUUACACACACACCUCUCUUCACUAACCUUGCGACCAUGAGCACUUCCAGCUCAUCCCUGCCUCAGGUGGAGGUCCCGGACUCCUCCUUGACAUACAUUCCUUGGGCUCAGCCUUUAUCCACCAUCUCCGGCUCCGUCGUGCAGGCCCACUCGAUGCCAACAGCCAUGGCGGCUCCCCAGCUCUUCCCAGUGCCUCUGACCUUGCCAGUAAUCUCACCAGAACCUGAGCCUCAGCAGGUGGAGACUCCCCAGGCCCCAGAGGGCACUCUGGCCCUUGAGAAACUGCUGGAAGAAGAUGAGGGCCAAAAAGAACCCUACAUCUGCAACUCCUCGCUUUUUUCAGAAGACAUUUAAGAUAUUUGCAUAAACACUCUUUUUGUGCAUCUUCUUAAAAUACAGGAGCAUUUAGUACAGCAUUUUGGCAUCUCUUAUGAAAAAACUACUGUGCAAAAUGAAGGUUCCAAAAGGGUGUUUUUGCAAUGAUGCCAUAGAAGGACCAUUUUUGGUGAAAAAAAAAAAAAACACUUCCAAUGACCAGUUCCUAAAAGAACCAUAUAAAAUUCUAAAUAAACCUUUUUAUCACUAUAAAAAAACUUUUCUGCUGUUUUCUGUUCAAGGUUCUUCUCAGAACCAUUGAUGCCUAUAAAGAAACUUUAUUUUUAGGAGUGUGAAGGGAUAUACUCUUUAAAAUAAAGGUUCUGUAUUCGAAUCUAUGUUUCCAUUAAGAACCUUUAACAUCCUUGGAACCUUUCCAUUCUACAAAAGGUUCUUUAUAGUCGAAAAAAAAGGUUCUAAAAUGAAAGUGUCUUUGGAGACCUUAAAAUUUUUCUCUUUUGGAACCUUUAUUUUUAAGCUCAGUCAAUUCAAGUCAACUUUAUUUUUAUAGUGCUUUACACAAGUUGGUUGUUUCAAAGCAGCUUCAAAGUAUUAAUCAGAACCAAGAGAAACUAUGAUGCAAACAUCAACAAUUAUAAUUAAAAUUAUGCUGUAAAGCAACUCUAACAAAACAAUAGUGUCAUAUAUAGCUCCAGUCAGUUCAGUGUAGAUUCAGUACAGUUCAAAAAUUGUGUCAAGUUCAUCCAUUAUGAAAAAAGUAUAAUACAAGAAAAGGUCACGUCAGUUCAGAGUCAGUUCACUUUUUUGAUGUUGCAAAGUGAAGUGGCUCUACAGAGGACAAUAGUGUCAUUAUUCAGCUCAAAUAAGUUCAAGUUUUGGUCUCAUAGUGCCAGAGCUGUCGAUAAUAUCACUGUAUUGAGAGUGUAGAUUAAUCUCUGUUUUAGCUGGAUUAUGUAGCUUCAAUAAAAAAAAUAUAAAUGAAAAAAAUGCAGAAUUCUGUAACCUGUUUACAGUGGUUAAAAUGCUAACAUUUACAGAGUUCUGUUCCUUCUUUACAGUUCAUUAAAAUAUCAGUUAGAAUUAGAAAGCCAGAAGUUUUCUGAAAGUUGGAGAAAUCCCCUGUGGAUGUUAUCAUUUUAUCUACCCGUGUCCUUAACCUGCAGGCUUAGUUGUCUCUCAAGUUAACACCUUCUUUAAUGAGAUGUUUGAAUAAGGGUCUGCUCUGCGCACACUCUACCAUGAUAUCUGCUUCUUUAGAGGUUCUGUAAAUGACAUUUCCUAGUCAAACAGGUACGACAAUAAAGCGAACAUGCAUUUGCAAACA